AAUACAAAAAUAAAGUUGUUAAUUGCGGUACUUUGCAGAAAUGUUGGUUGUUUUGGUAGUUUUCUUUCUUGGAGCUGUCGCAGCAGCUCCAACACUGGACCAGUGCCCACGUAUCAUGUCGGAAGCAGGGUUAAGUCCCAACUUUGCUCCCAUGGUAACACACAGCAUCCAUUCUCUCACCGUGGAGGAUAUCCGAUAUUAUUUCAAACCCAACGCAACUGAAGAGAACGGUAUCCCAACCGUGAACUUGGAUGUUAGGAGUGCUGAACGAGUUCUCCCCAACGCACCCCUGAUCGGAUAUGAUGACGCUUUUAAGACUAAGGCUCUAAAGAGUUUCGACUUGGUGAUGAGAAACAUGAAUAGAACCUGGUGGGGUAUACCGAAAUACAGCGUCCUGGAAAAGGUGGCUCACGCACUGCACAUGGCAGAGGCUUGGGAAAAUGCUAUGGGGGAGUACAAGAUGAUUGAGAGACUGUUGGACCCUGAAUCUGAUCUCUGUUCUUGUGUCACAGAUAUCGAGAAUAACGGGAUCCUUAACCAUCUAAACCUCAUCGCUUUCAAAAUAAGAUACCCUGGUAUAACCUCUGGAAAGGAUAGUCUUACAAACCAAUAUUUGACUUCAGCGAAUUCGACCGACUCCACAACCGUAGAUACACACACAAGAAAGAAGCGUGGUGGUUACGACGCAAGUUACGACGCAAGUUACGACGCCGGGGGCUACGAAGCCUCGUACGACGCAUCGUACUCCGCAGCUAGAGACAAUGCACCAGUAGCGUGGCACAGAUCUGUGAGAUUUGACGGCAUUAAUUUUGAUCUAUCGGAUGUUGAGCUGUUGAAGGAUGUAGCAGAAAAGCUGGUGGACAAGUCAAAUGUGAUGGGAUAUCACAUAGAUAGUGCUGAACAUUGGGAAUACUGGAAGAACGUGCUCAAGCUACCACAAGAUGAAUCCCACUACUACGAUCUCGCAAUGUUCAUGUUCUGCAAGCUCAACCAAGUCUAACCAGAAAGAUGAACAGUCUACCUAACGAAAUGAUUUGUGGAGAUAAUUUUAAAAUGGACUCUUUUACUCGUACUUUUAUUUGACCUUAUAUUUAGCAUCAGUUUUAUAUAGGACUUUCAACGUUUUUAAACUGUUCUCUUUAAGGGUUAAUCAGUACAGAUCAGCAACUGACUGAAAUAAUUAUUUUAAUUUUUUGGGUGAUAAAAGAUUUAAAUUGUAUAACAAUAUUAUAUUUUGCAUUGA